UUCCAUAAGGGAGUAGUUGCCAACAGUGCUGGAAAAUGAGACUAACAGUGUCACGUUGUGGACUUCCAUCCUUGAAACCUCUAUAUGAAUUUCCCUUUUCCUCUUCUUCUUCGACCCUUUGGCCUAGAAAUUGUUCUGGAAGCUUCUCUGUAAAAAUGUCGACAACCCCACCUUCUCGAAUCACUCACAUAAUCAAUCUUCCCACCCAACUCAACCAACCGGUUUCUGUUGUCGCUGCUCCCGGCGUCUCCGAUACCCACUUCAGGAAUGCUAUUGAAUCCUCAUUGUUCAAACAGUGGUUAAAGAACAUACAAACUGAAACAGGACUGCUGGCUAAUGGAGCUAUGUCUUUAAAACAAGUUCUUAUCCAGGGUGUAGAUAUGUUUGGAGAGCGUUUGGGGUUUCUAAAAUUCAAAGCAGAUAUUAUUGAUAAGGAGACGGGUCAAAAGGUUCCUGGUAUUGUCUUCGCACGGGGUCCAGCUGUUGCAGUUCUAAUCCUUUUGGAUUCUGAGGGUGAGACAUAUGCUGUGCUUACGGAACAGGUUAGGGUCCCAGUUGGGAGGCUAAUUUUGGAAUUGCCAGCUGGAAUGUUGGAUGAUGACCAAGGUGACUUUGCUGGAACAGCAGUUCGAGAGGUUGAGGAAGAAACUGGAAUACACCUGAAUGCCCAUGAUAUGGUCAACCUCACGGCUUUUCUCGACGCAUCAACUGGGGGCAGAGUUUUCCCUUCUCCUGGUGGUUGUGAUGAGGAGAUGAGUUUGUUUCUAUACAGAGGAAAUGUCAGCAAAGAGAAAAUACAACAACUGCAAGGCAAAGAAACUGGACUACGAGACCAUGGUGAGCUGAUUAAAGUGCAUGUGGUUCCAUAUGAUAAACUAUGGCGUGCCACAGCUGAUGCAAAGGCUCUGACCGCCAUUGCCCUCUACGAGAUGGCUAAAAGAGAUGGACUGUUGCCUUGAUCGAUGAGUUAAUAAUUUCUCCUCCAUCAAGUAUCAACUUACAAUAUUGUAUGCUUCACUAGAAGAUGACGAUUCUCUAUUUUAGGCAAGUCUGCUUCUACAGCAUGGGCAUUCCCAGGUGAACACUCCUGGCAAUUGCAUCUGUUGUUGCUUGGUAUUUAAUUUUUGUAUAUUAGACACACAAUUUUAUCGUUUUGAAAAAGAAAUAAAAAGGGGAAAGAGAAGAUUGUUCC